CUGUGAGGAUGCAGUCUGGGACGGUCAGUUCCCCGGAUGAAGGCUGAGCGUGAAUAUGGCGCAGAGAGCACGAGCAGCGCGCUCGUGAGGUUUCUGUGACUGAUAUACGCGCACUUAGCCCGCUUAAGCUAACUUUACACACAAGAAACUUCACCGACCCUAUGAAGUUUAUUUCUCAGCGGACACACUUCUCACUACAGCGUCCCAGGAAGCAGCUGAGUUUUCCCAGGCUCAGCUUGUCAGGUGUGGGAGGGGGUUUCGGCCCACACAUAUCAGAGUCCAGUAUUUGGCUUCUGGGAGUGUCUCUGAUACCCAUGGAGAGAAUGGGCAGGGCAAAAGCAGAGAAAAGGGAAAGUAUGGAAAGCUGGACAGCUUUUUAUACUGCAUAAAGAGACUGCUGUUGAAAUGCUCAGAAAGGUCUGAUGCUUUGCUGCAGCUAUGUUCAGCAAGAAGAAAAAGUCACGGAUCCAGAUCUCGGCCCCCUCCAACUUUGAGCAUCGCGUUCACACUGACUUUGAUGAGCAGGAGCAGAAGUUUGUGGGGCUUCCCCGCCAAUGGCAGAGCCUCAUUGAGGACACGGCCAAGAGGCCCAAACCUUUCAUUGAUGCCACAGUCAUCACUACUGUAGAGCCACGCAAGGCAAUUGUACGGGGUCGUAAGAUCAGCGAUGAUGGUUCUCUCACAUGGCUUCUGGAUGAGUUUGAGACUAUGUCGGUGAUCCGCUCGAACUCCCUGCGGAGAGGCAGCCCACCACCGCAACCGCGCCGAGACUCCGGAUCAUCAGGAGGGGGCCAUGAGAACGGAGAACACUCUCAAUACAGACACCCUGAUCGAUAUGGAGACAGCAAAGAGAGGGAGAAACUGCGUCAGGAGCACCCAGCUGCUGAUCCCAGACAGUCUCAGCGCCCAGCCCGUUCAUCCAGAGAGGAUGGCCGACCUCACCAGCAGCCUCGCGGUCAGGAGCCCAGCAGACACAAAGAGCCCGACUGGUCAGGAGGGCCAGCCCCACCACCCCAGCAUAGAGAACGAGAACGAGACCGAGAGCCACGUGAUCAUCAUGAUCAGGUGGUGAGGCGAGAGGGGGCCAAUGAUAAGAGGCCCAAAUCUAGCUACACUGGGAGGGACAGCAGCCCACAGUCACCCCGUGAAAAGAGACCACUGUCUGGGCCAAAUAUCCGCACCCCUAACCUACCUGUUACAGAGGGAGUGAUAAAGACCGCACAGCAGACCGGCCGACCUUUCAACACAUACCCACGAUCCGAAAGUGACUCUGGGAGGAGCCCCAGCGGUCAGGAUUUAAAAGCAGGAAAAUCUCAUGAGCCUUCCCACCACAACGGUCCCUCUACCGGGGCAGUCCGGGGUGGAAACAGUGGCAGUAAAAGUGCUUCUCAGGGGCAGCACAGAGCAGAGCCCCAGCAUCACGCCUCCCACCCAGCCUUGGGCCCCGAGCCCCCUCACAGCCAGCAGAUGCCCCCUGCACCAAAACCUUCAGGCCAAGCUGCACCACCUCAGCAGACGCGCUCACCUCAGAGGGAGCCACAGCGAGUCUCCCACGAGCAGUUCCGUGCUGCCCUGCAAAUGGUGGUUGACCCUGGGGACCCACGCACAUAUCUGGACCACUACAUCAAGAUCGGGGAAGGUUCCACCGGCAUUGUUUGUAUUGCUACAGUAAAGACCACAGGCAAGCUGGUGGCUGUGAAGAAGAUGGAUCUGCGAAAACAGCAGCGACGAGAAUUGCUGUUUAACGAGGUGGUGAUCAUGCGGGACUAUCACCAUGAGAAUGUGGUGGAGAUGUACAACAGUUACUUAGUAGGUGAUGAACUCUGGGUUGUCAUGGAGUUCCUUGAGGGUGGAGCUUUGACUGACAUAGUCACACAUACCAGGAUGAAUGAGGAGCAGAUUGCCACCGUGUGUCUGUCUGUUCUGAAAGCUCUCUCGGUCCUUCACUCCCAGGGAGUCAUUCACAGAGAUAUUAAGAGUGAUUCUAUACUUCUCACCCAUGAUGGCAGGGUGAAGCUGUCAGACUUUGGCUUUUGUGCCCAGGUCUCAAAAGAAGUGCAGCGCAGGAAGUCUCUUGUAGGAACUCCCUAUUGGAUGGCCCCUGAGCUCAUCUCAAGACUCCCAUAUGGACCAGAGGUGGAUAUUUGGUCACUUGGCAUUAUGGUCAUUGAAAUGGUGGAUGGAGAGCCGCCAUACUUCAAUGAGCCUCCACUCAAGGCCAUGAAGAUGAUCCGAGACAAUUUGCCACCCAAGCUCAAAAACCUCCACAAGGUCUCGCCGCUUCUCAAGGGAUUCUUAGACAGGAUGCUCGUGCGAGAUCCUGCCCAGAGGGCCGCAGCUCAAGAGCUGCUAAAGCAUCCCUUCCUGAGUAAAGCGGGCCCUCCCACUUGCAUUGUUCCCCUUAUGAGACAAAACCGCAUGAGAUGAGAAGAGAAAUCGGGGCAGGAUCUGUCAGGCCCUCUGAGCUCAAAGCAAAAACCCAGAUGCAAAAAUGGAGUCCGUACUCUGCACAGUUUAAACAUCUGAAAUGAUUGUACAGGUCAAGACUUUUAGGAGAAAAGGCCAUUGAUGCUAUGGACAUUGAGGUUUUUUUUUUCCAAACAUUUUUACCACUGUUUUUAUUACACUAUAGAAUACACCACAUUUGGUGACAUGAAAUACACGAUUGGAUCCUUUACAGUGUUCUGCUAGAAGAGGUUUUCCUCUCUGGCUAAUUCAGAAACACAAUAACAUGUGUUCUCUCAGUGGUUUCAUGUUUGACCUCUAAGACCAUGCUUUAUAAGUUAAGGAGAUUUAGACAUUAUGACAUUAUGAAAAUGAACCACUUGGAGAUUCUGAUCUGCCCUCAAUGUAAAGCAACAAUUUUAUGGAUUUGUUCCAAACCUCAAGUUUUUUUCCCCUGCACUUCAUCUUUUGCACCAUGACCACACUACUCAUUAAUCCAUUUUUAACAGGAAAACAACUACUGAAGAAAACCUUUUACUUAAAAAAGAUGAAACUUGUUACAACACUAAGCAAUGGUAAACACUGGAGGCGUUUUUGUUUUAUUUUUUUCAGACCAUUUUUAAUUUAGUUAUAAUGAAAGUAGAGAGUUAUAUUGGUUUUUAUAUUGCGUUUUGAGUGACAGUGUGAUGUUUUAAACACUGUUCUCAGAUUGAGCUGCACUCCAAUAUGAAACUUCCUCCUUUGAUUCAUCGUUCCACUUAUUUUUUUUUUAUAUAUAUAAUAAGAGGGGGAAGGGUUGGGUGUAGGGUUUUUUUUUUUUUUAAUCUUCCAAAACUUUCACCACGGAGCCACGCCACAUUAGCUGAAGAGAUCGAGUUGUUUUCAAUGUAGGGCAGCCUGUCUUUUCAUGUGCGCCCAAAUCCUUCAGCUAAGUAGCUUACAUCUUUGAAGUAUCGUGGCCUUUCUCUGAAGGAUUCAUUGUGGUUGGUUUUGUCGGAGAGAUGUUGAAAUAUACGAAUGUAUAGCUGAGCGUCAUGUAUGCUCUCCUUUAUGAGAGCUUGUUCAAAGGAAGUGGACCAUAUAGAUACAGAUCACGAUUGAUCCCACACACUAAAAUAUAGGCAAUAGUACUCAUGUAAUUGGUCAUGUACACUACGGCGUUUUGUUAUUAGAGCACCAUGACAUUCGAGGAUUAAGAGAAGAGUAGUGGAACAACCAAAGACUGUUUGAAAUGCUGAAGGUUUAUAAUACUAAUUAGUCCGAGUACACUACAUCACGUUAAAGGAAUUGUUUACCCAGAUAGAAAAAUUCUGUCAUUUAUUCACCCUUAUUACCUGUAUAGCGUCCUUUUCUUCUUUACUGUUGUUUUGGCCAUUUUUUAAAAAUGCCAUCUUAUGUUUCACAGAAGAAAGUAAGUCAUGUAGGUUUGAUACAGCAUGAGAGUGAGUGGAUGAUGACAGAAUUUUCUAUUUUGGGUCAACUGUCCCUUUAAGACUUUCUUUCCUUGCUCGGUCACAAAGAUCCAGGACCAAAGUGGAUGGGAACAUUGACACAAUUUAAGGAAAAAAAACCACAUUAAAGGGCCGUUUAAAAAUUAAUCCGAUUCGUGUAGUGACUCUACAUGUGAAUACUAGCUGAUCAUUAAUGAGAAUCAAGUGAAUGCACGUUUGUGAGAAGAUUGAAGUCAUAUUUACAAAUCGUUUGAAGAUGAAUUGUAGAGAUUAAUCCUAGACUGAAGCGGUAGCUGUUGUAUAUAUUUUGAGUUUUUCUAAAAAUCGUUUUCUUUUGCCGAGGGCCUAAACUGUAACCCAGCAACAAUAACUCUAAUUGUAGAUGUGAAGGUUUGAGAAAAUUAAUGACCAUUAUUGACAGACGUAAUUAAUAUAAAAACACUACUAGAAUUUGUUUGUUUGUUUGUUUUUUUUCCACCAGUAAAAGUUUUCAAUGGCAUUUCUUUACAUACUGGAACUGUUACUUUUUCAGGAGGUGAAACAAAAAUAAUGACAAUCAGACAUUGGAGCAAUGUAUAUUCAGAGAUGAAUAAAUAAAGAAAUUGAGAGAAUAGCGUUUAUAGGUAUUGUAGAUAGUUGUUUAACAUCCUCAGUGCACUGAAACAACAGAUGAGGUUAGCGUUCCUACAAAGAAAAACCGCCUUAAUGCAUCUUUAAUCCAGAACUGAAACUGAACACAUUCUCCACAGUAUGCUACUUGAUUUGUGACCAGCCACACAUUUUAUUUUUUAUUUCUUAUAAUUCAUCUGCUAAUGUUUAAUGACUAGUGACUGUUCAUAAAGAGGAUACCAUAAGCCUUAUUUGAUUGGAUAUGUGAAUGGAUGUGAGCAAAAUGGCGUAAUGCAAGACUUUCUCAAAAGACUGGUCCAGUGAAUGUGUUGAAUAGCUUUCAGAAAUGACUUCUCUAUUUUCUGAAUUGCAUUCCCAGGGCUGAUUAGAGCAUGAGCUCUUAUGUGGUAAGAUAAUGAUCUGCUUUUUUUGUGUUAUGCUUCCGAUUUUGUUCCUCAUGUGGUGCUCACAAACAAUACUGCAAAAGCUCUCUGGAAGGAUACAUUGUAUUAUAUGGCUUUCACUUUUUUUCUCACUUAGUCUCCAUUUCAGAUUGUCACUGCGUUAAAACUAAUGGAUCGCCCAUAUUCUGCUGUUGACUUAUUUUAAGCCUAAUAGGUUUCUAAUUAAUCUUGCACUGUAUUUUUUACAAAUCAUUUCCUUAUUUCAUCAUGUAGAUAGUUUUAAAGAAACUUGUUUUAAAGGUGGAAUAGAUGCAUGAACUUUGUGCUCACUGCUGGCAUUCUGACAUCUUGAUGUUCUCCCAUAUCUGACAGACUUGUUUUGGACUAAUCAUCUUCAACAUCUAUUUGGAACUGCUACUGACAGGCCUGCAUUGUUGUGAAGUAUAAAAUGGUUCGCACCGGUUCUGUUGUUUUCUCUUUUUAUUUCUAAGUAUUGUCAUUUUUGGUGCACAACCGAUGUCAGAGUUCCCUCUAUAAUAUGUGAAUUUUUACUGGUGGUAAAAUGGACUUUAAACUGAUUUUUUUUUUUUUCCUUUUCCUUUUUUUUUUUUUUUUUUCAAAUACAGUUUUUAAACAUCAUCUUUCGGCUCCUUCAUUUCACUCUUUAAGCCAGAUGUGGUAGUGUGAUUUUGCUCGAGAUGAACAUAAGUAUGUUGUGCAGAACGGUCAUGUAUCAUAAUCAUGUUGGUUGACAUGAACUUGGUAUAUGAUAUGUGAUAAUUAGAUGAUGUGAACUGGGAAACUACUUUCAGUGAACUUGUGCAUUAUAUUAAAAUAUGCAUUAUAUAAAAAUAUAAUGUUUAAUAAUUUAAAAUGUAAAAAAUAUAAGCAGAAACUGCUUAUUUAUAUUUUAAAUUGGAAAUGUGUGUGUGUGUACACACACACACACACAAAACUAUCGGCACCCUUGGUAAACAUGAUCAAAUGUAUCUGCAUUAAUCCUUUUGAUC